AUGUCCUUAACCAGACUAUUAGUUUACAAGUUACACGCGAAAUCAACCGUCGCUAAAUAUCCCUCUAAUGAGGCUAUCGUACAUUAUUUUGCGAAAUUUGGAAUAAUCAGGAGUCUUAUCUUCUCAAAUUCCAUCGAAGGUCUGGUCGAAUUCGAAACAGUUGAUGCUGUUAACACGAUUAUGUCAAGUGGUCAACAUUCUAUUAAUGAGUAUGAAGUUGUAAUCAACAGCAUUCCAGUGAAUAUUUCCUCUAGAACUGAACAGGAAUUCCAGUAUCUACGUUACGAAGUUUGUGAAGUCAAUCCUCCAAACGACGAAUUCUUGGAUCUGAAGCCUGAACUAAAAAAGGCACGCCUCAAGCUGUUUAGCAAGCCACAUAGAAUUGGUCUUCUUGGAUUUAAUAUCAAUAAAGAAGCACAAGUAGCCGCAAAGGUGAAGAUACCUGAGCACCAAGGGUGGAGCGUGAAAUUGUCAGUAGUGGAUGAGAAGGAAUACUCAACCUUUACUGAUAUAUUCAAAAUUACACUUGGGCACAAGAUGCAAUAUGUGCAGUAUGAAAUGUUAAGAAAUGAGGAGGCUGAAGAAAUUGCCUUGUCCGAACUUUUAUGGAAGUUUUUUCAGAAAGAGGAUGUUGUUUACGUUCAUCCACAUACUUCUUCUCUCUGUGGUAUUAUCGUUCUACCUACAAAAGAGACUGCCGAACAGUAUAGAGCCAAGUCUGGAAGCAAAGUAGGUGGUUGGAAAAUUGAUCUCCAUCAUGCGGAGUCAGCUUUGAUCAGAGUAACUCCAGAGACUGAGAAAAGGGUUGAAAUUUCCUGUGCUGAAGCAGAUACACAGCAUUCCCAAACUAAGGAUUGGACAAUCAUGUCAAUUAGCAGAUUAAUUGUUUACAAGAUGACCAGUGAAUCACCCAAUGCUAAAAUUCCUUCGAAAGAGGCCAUUGCGGAUUACUUUAAAGUUUUUGGAGAGAUUAAACGAAUAAUCUCCACAAAUACCAGCCAAGGUCUAAUUGAAUUCGAAACCACUGAAUCUGUAAGGAAAGUUAUGUUACAACCGAAACAUGAGAUCAAAGAUUUCACUAUUGGUAUUGAAAGUAUUCCGGUGCAUUCGCGUUUCAAAAGCCCCAAGUUUGCUGAACUCUUCAACACAACUCUUGGAGACUAUAUGAGAUACGUGAAAUAUAAAAUUUCAAAAGUUGAAACAGCCGAUGGGCAGAAGGACAUUCUAUGGACAUUUCUUCGAGAGGAGGAUGUUAUUUACAUUUAUCCAAAUUCUUGUUCACCCUAUGGCACUAUUGUUGUUGCAAAUGAAAGGAUUGCUGAAAAAUUCAAAUCCAUGUCCGGAAGCGUGAAGAAAGGAUGGCGGAUUGACCUACUUCUCAUUAAUCCAGUUACAGUUGGUGACCCUCCGGAAACCAAGACAAGUCAAUCACAAACUCCUGAAAAGCCCUCUCCUGAAAAAAGUGUAAAGCGUAAUGAUGACCCCCGUGGAAUGAAUCGUCUUAAACUAACACAGUCUCGAAGUUCCAGGAGUGAAACGGAUGCCAAACGAAUAGAAAAUGUUGAAUCGCCACCUGAUGAAAUGUCCUCAAAAAGCCGAGAUAAAUUCGUUCCCAAAUUGGCUUCUGAUCGUGUUGAGAAGAAUGUGUUGCAUCCGGAGAGAAGUGAACAACAAUUUGGCAAAUCUUCACUAGAGGAGAGUGGAAUUGCGGAGGAACAUAUGGAGCAACAAAAUGACAGUGAACAUCUUGAACACGAGAAACGUCUUGAUGAGGAAAUUGAAAAUGUUGGUGAGAAUCUUCACCACCAUGAAGAUUAUGAGCAACAGCAAAUGGACAGAUCUUCUGACGAAGCUGCUAUUACAACUUUGCGAAUGUUUGGUCAAAUUAAUCGAAAAAAUGCAAUUAUUGAAUUGUAUGAAAAGAUGGAAACGGAGGAUAUUCCUGAGGGCAUUGAAGGUGAUGAAACUCAGCAAAGUGAAAAUGCUUUCUCGGAAGACAUUGAAAGUGCGGAGGAACAUAUGGAGCAACAAAACGACGGUGAACACCUUGAACACGAGAAACGCCUUGAAGAGGAAAUUGAAAAUGUUGGUGAGAAUCUUCAGUACCACGAAGAUUAUGAGCAACAGCAACUGGACAGAUCUUCUGACGAAGCUGCUAUUACAACUUUGCGAAUGUUUGGUCAAAUUAAUCGAAAAAAUGCAAUUAUUGAAUUGUAUGAAAAGAUGGAAACGGAGGAUAUUCCUGAGGGCAUUGAAGGUGAUGAAACUCAGCAAAGUGAAAAUGCUUUCUCGGAAGACAUUGAAAGGUACGCUUAUCGGCAUCUGGAUAACAGUAAUGAAAUACAUCAAGUUGAAAGUUUUUCCGAUGGACAAGCUAAUAAUGAUGAAAAUUAUCAAGAUAUUGAGAAUAUCACGUCGCCUCUCUCUUUUCCUUCCUCUAAACCCUCUUCGCAAGUAUCAGAUAAAGAGAUAGAAAUGGAAGAUAAUCCUGUAAGAGUUCGAUUCACUUUCCUGGACACAAUAAUCCCUGAUAUUCUGGCGAUCGAACGACACUUUCGACAGUUUGGCGAUAUUAUCUCAGUAUAUCUACACAAUUUAUUGGCCGAAGGAAAUGUUGUGUUUCGUUGGCGCCAUGAUGCGAUAAAAGCGAUUGCUAAUUCUUUACGUGUGAUUGAUAACUGUAGAUUUGACUUCUUUUCGAAGAUUUCAGACGAGGAGAUAGUUAAAAGCUAUGCAGUGGGAUUUCAAUUUCCGGGUAAAAUUGUCUUCAAUAUUGAAGCCAUAGCCAAGAACUUCGAAAGAUUCGGACAACUUCAGAGAAUUGUUCAGAAUCCAUGGACUGGGAAAGGAUUUGCUGUUUUUUCUCAGAUACAGAGCUCUCUAUUGGCUCAUCUUGAGCCUUAUCAUGCUGCUGAAGAUAGUCAAAUGGGAAUUUUUCAACUUCGAGAUGGUGACAUCGAAAAUGACAUAUUCUCAGUCGAUCUCUCCACUGACAGUGAACUCGGUCAAUUAAUGAGGAGGUAUAAAAUGUACAGAGUUGAUUUCCGAGUUUCCGGCUCCGUUCCUGAAUUUACGGCUAUUUGCGAAUGGCUCUGUCGAAGAAGCACACCUUACCAGUUGGAAAUUGCGUACGAUUUAAUGAAAGGAAGUGUGAAAUUUUGGAACUUUGCAUCUGCAGAAGCAUUCAAAUCAAAGACGUUUGAAAUCGGCGACGCAAUCUUUCAGUGUGGAGGUGGAAUUUACACAGAAACGGGACACGUUGAAGAUGCUUCAAAAGAUGACAAUGCCGUUUCCUUGACGAACUCGGUUGCCAUUGCAAAGCCGAUUGAGUCUUUAGGACCUCCUUCUAUUAAAACAAGACCCUCCGGUUAUAGAUACAGAUUGGUACGCAUUACCCCUAUUUUUAACCCGGAACCCGAAAUGAUGUUAACAGUAAAGUUGAAUUUAACGGACGAUAUUGCCGAAGACGCCGGACCAGAGGAAACAAAAUCUUCGCCUUCUCCUACCAGUAGUGAUUUUUCCCCAUCUAAAGAUGAUACCAUAUCAAGUGCGAUGAAGUUUUUAAAUUCACUACCUCGUAAAUCAAGUGUGGAAAUUGAUGAUUCUUCUACAUCAAAUGCACUCAGAAGUUCCUUAUCGAAUGGGUGUGGUGGUUCAAAAGAUGUGUCACAACAAAAUUCAGAUUCAGAGACAAGUCAGCCAAUCUUGGAAAGUUCUGUCCCAUGUCCAAGACCUAAAGGACAACGCCGUGUAACAUUCUCGGAUGAAAUUUCAUACCGUUCAAUGACUUCUUCCAGUUCGAAUUCUUCUGAAGUAGAACCUAAUAGUUCUGAGUGUGAAAAGUUGAGCCAGGCAGCCGUAAAACAGCCGGGAACUGACCUCGAAGAUACUGAAAGCGAUCAGCAGGAUGUUUCAUGCGAUUUAACGAGUAUUUCACCGUCAAAAGAACUUCAAAAACCAGCUUCUCCGUCGGAAGGCAAUGAAGCCGGGGAAGAAAUUGCAUGGACCAAUGAAUGGAAAUGCAUUUUUCUACGAAUGACAAACUUAAACGAGGUCGUUGAAUUCCCAACGGAGGUUGAAAUAAGGACCUACUUCGAGCAGUAUGGUACCGUUACAGAUAUUCUUGUUCAAGCAGUGGCUGGUGAAAUUUAUGUUAUGUUUUCAAGAGGAUCGGAAGCUAAAUCGGCCUUAUCUUCUAAAACUCACUGCUUGAAGGGCUGCAAUUUUAGGAGCCAUCCAACUCGUAAAUUCCCAUGUGAAAUCAAAGAACCUUCAACUGCAGUGUCAGAGACUGAGUCUUCACUGAAGCCAUCGCAGUCAUCGUUAUCCCAAUCACCCUCAAUUCAAUCUCCGCAACAAUCGCAAAACGGGGCCACAGUAACUCAAACGACUUCAGAUUCAUCUUUUUCAAGGCGAAUGUUAAUUUCGCCGCUCCGACCUCUAUACACCCUUCGAUCAACUCAAGUUAUCUAUGAUCACUUUCAACAAUUUGCCAAGAGUAUUCAUGUCACCCGCUCUGCAAAACCACCCAAGGUGGAAGCAAAGGGCAUAACUAUGAAAGCUGGUGACUUGGAAGAAUUCGAUCCCGAAAAAUGCAUUAAAGUCUUCAUUCCCAGAUGCACAACUUUAAGCAUGCCAAAACUGGCUAAAAGUCUUGCCAGAUUUGGCAGGGUCAAAUUCGCAAAACAGCCGCUCGAAUCACCAAUACUGUUUGUGGCUCAUAUUGAACCAGAAGAGCAGAUGAAUGACGAUGAGGCAAAAGAUGAACGAUAUUGGCUUUCGAACUUUGACUCCCUUCUACAGCACACAGAAGACUGCCUUAACUUAGAGAUGGCAUAUAUGCAUGUACAAAUUGAUACACGAAACCUUCAUGACGAAAGUGACUGGAGUCCACUGCAAUUGAAUAUAAAUCGGGCGCUUCGUCUUUGCUCUCUUUCCUUAUUCAAUGAUCCUCCGCUUUUCAUGAAUGAGAAUAAUAUCUUCUAA